AUUUUGCCAAGUUGUCUUUUUUUUUGUCGCGAUUCCCCUCGAUGUAACAAGGGCAUGCAAACACUAAAUUUAGAGCGAGAAAUGUUUGCAAAGAUGCAUCGGUCAUUUUAAGCAACGGGUUUACUUUUUUGCAUGGGUUUAACAAACAGCGUCAGGGGGGCAACUCAACGACCCACAUCAAGGCGCAAAGUCGUUGCUUGCUAACGUAGCAUCCUCGUUGCGAGUCGGUAUGUCAACAGGUCGAUGUGCCGGUAGAUACUUUUAAUUAAAUGUGGCUGUCGUGAAAGCCAUGGUUUAAUUGUAUUUCAAAGUAACAUCAAGGUAAGGGAUGUAGUUAGUUUAGAUGCUUCACAAAGUUAGGAAGGAUCCAGAAACUCAGCUCUGAAUUAUCCUCGAACCUCAGUGAAGAUGGGACUGCAGAGAUCAUCGACAUGACACAGGAAAGAGUUUUCAAGUUAUGAGAACAAACACACAACUGGAUGACACACAAUGAUGAAUGGAUCCGCAUGUACGUCCACAUUCUCAUGACACAAGCAUGAGAUAUGGGCAUCUUAAGACUGAUAGCCAGAAUCAUGGGUAGGAUCAGCACCUUCAGGUCGUAUCAGUUCGCGCUGCUCCUGGCUGCUGCGCUGGCCGUCGUUGCUUUUUACUACUUUGGCUCAGAGAGACAGAACUUCUCUAGCACCACAAAGAGGAUCAAGCAGAGCCAGGCCAGUCACAACACCAACAGAAAUGAUGCAGACCUGACUGUGGACACCGGGCUCACGCACCCGGCUGGAUCUGAGGACCAAGGAGGGGUAGAGCACGACUUAGGAGGAGAGAGCGAGGGGUUUAUGUCGAGGAGAGGGGACAGUGGAGCUGUUGACCAACACUACCACGCACUCAUGAUGUUCACCAAGGUGGACAAGAGCCGCAGCCUGCAGGACAAAUUCAGGGUGGCCAUGCUGUCUAUGGUUAAGCUGGCACGCUUCCUGGAAGGAGAGGUGUUGGUCCUUCAUUUUGUGAGUGACCCGGCCAGCAGAGAACUGGGAGAAAAGAUGCUGCAAGAGCUUCUCCUUGAUGCAACAUUUAAGUAUGAGGUACUGUUCCAUGAUGUGGAGGCUCUCACACAGAAACUGUUCCCCAUCGUGGAGGCCAUGCAGAAGCACUUCAGCUCCGGCUCUGGCGCUUAUUACAGCGACGCCAUCUUCUUCCUGUCUGUUGCCAUGCAUCACAUCAUGCCAGAAAGUCUGACGCGCAUUCUGCAGCUUGACCUGGACCUGAAGUACCGGACCAACAUCAGGGACCUUUUCCAAGAAUUUGACCUUUUCCCUCCAGGAGCAGUGAUAGGCAUUACCAGAGAGAUGCAGCCUGUCUACAGACAUACCUUCUGGCAGUAUCGUAAGGAGAACCCUCAGAGUAAGGUAGGUGAGCCUCCUCCAGAUGGACUCCCAGGCUUCAACAGUGGUGUGAUGUUAUUGGACUUAGGAGCUAUGAGGGCGUCAGCUCUCUACAACCAGCUGCUGGAGCCGAGCAAUGUGGCCAAACUGGCAGACCAGUACCGAUUCAGGGGCCACCUGGGUGACCAGGACUUCUUUACCAUGAUCGGCAUGGAGCACCCUGAACUGUUUUAUCCCCUGGCCUGUGGAUGGAACCGGCAGCUGUGCACUUGGUGGAGGGACCAUGGAUACGGAGAGGUGUUUCAGUUGUAUUAUCGCUGUAGUGGACCAGUCUACAUCUAUCACGGGAACUGUAACUCCCCAAUACCAGAUGACUGAAGUAUAGGACUGGACUGAUGCUGGAAAUGAAAAAGGAGUCUUUGAAUUCUACAUUUUAGUAAAAGGGAGAGUUCUGCUAUUUGGAAUGGAGGAUUCUGACAUUUAUAGCAGUUUCUUUUUUCUUUCUUUUACAGACUCAGCCCCCUGCUGGUCAAGGGGCUUUUGAAAGUCCCACCUGCACAACAGUGCUACAAAUAUGAUGCUGACAUUUUCCGAUAAGACCAAAAAAAAAAAAUCCUACCGUAUAACAAAGCAAAAAGGUGUAAUAAUAGGAGAGAUUUCUCUCAGGUACAGAGUUGAGAAACAGAUUAAUGAAAUCAAAGGUUUGGUAGUAGAGAUGUGGUGAUUAUCCACCUGUUAGUAUACUGCAUUAGGAAUGUUCUCUUGCUUGCUGGUAUUUGAUUGGCCAUUGCAGCACCUUCUUAGAUGACAAUACAUUGUAAACGAAUUUAAACCUUUUUGCAUUUGCCCUUUUGAGUGCAGGGAAGGGCUAAUGUCAGAAUGAAUGCAGUCGAUUACAUCACAAAAAGUAAAUCGUAAAUGAAUGUGAAAUAGGUUUUUAGUCAAUAAUUUAAAUAAAAACUAAAAAGUGUUUGGAGGAGAAACCGUCAUCCAUUUCCCAUUUAUUUGGCUAACACAUUUUUUAAACAGUUAUUUGGUCAGGAAAUGUGUUAUUUGGCAAAUGUCCGGACCCUAUUAUGAAACAAAAAUUGUCUUAAAACUGUUUUUCACUUCCUAUAUUCACUCUGACCACCACAGUGGCCGAACUGCACCCUGCGUCACCUCAUACCCCUUCAAAACCGCAGCAGUUUCGGGCUAGUUUUGGGUUAUUAGCUGCCAGCCUCUGAGGCUUCAGACUUAGUGGCAACCUGCAGUGUUUGAAAAAGAGGCCAAUGCCGGAGUGCAAAAAAUUGCAGUUCAACGAGUGUCCGCUUGAGUCUGGCGCCCUGGAAGGCACAUACACACCCUAUUUAAAAAAUGCCUGUUUUUACAGCAGAAAUUAACAUGUUUACAGCCUGGUACAAAAUCGGUACUAGAUACCUGGUGUCCUCAUGGGCACACACUGUGUGGUGGGGUGAAUCUUUUUGUAACACAUCGGCUUUGAUUUUAUGAACAUUAAAAGUUACUCUUAGUUAGGCUUGAGGCUGAUAUGAUUGAAGGCUGGGCGCGAUGUAGCGGUUUGUCAGGAGGCUUCAAACCCGCCUCAGAUUCUGCUCUUUCCCUGUGAUUAGGUUGACCGAAAGUUCGGCAAUAUUUUCAUUAUGGCGACCGCCAUUGAUGAGGCUCCAGAGCCCCCCUGCAGUAAUCUCUGGGUGAGGUCACUCAAAUCUAUGCUUGAGACAGGUGGGAGCACACUGCCACAGUUCUAUUAAAACACAUCUUGUUACAGGUAGGAAAAAAAGUUUAAAAAAAGCUGCAGCAGAUUGAGGAGAAGGCGUCGUGGCUAACAAUGACGGCAGUGAUGGCUGUUCGUGUACUUCGUUUGCAGUUUAGUUGAGGUUGAACACAGUUCCAUCAGCCACACACAUUUCAGAAAGAGUGAAUCUGCCGGGGAACGUGACUCGAGACGUUGACCCACUUUUGAGUUUCCCUUGCUGUGCUCACUGAACUGACACACAGAUUCAAAGAAAUGUCAACACUCAAUAUUCACCAUCAGGAAACACACACACACACACACACACACACACACGACGCACACACGACGCACACAAACGUAACAUGCACAUACACUCAUUGUAAGAGUAAAGCUGCUGAAUGCCCAAGACAGUCAAUAGAGUCAAUAGAGUCAAAGAGGCUGUUGAAAGCACUUCAGGCUUGACAUUAUUCUGGAUCAAUUCACUUUCCUUGAACUCCCCCUGAAGCUGAUCAAUAUGUUUUCUGCCUUUUGCAGAACAACACUCUCAAAAAAAACCCUCACAAAACCCUUUGUUAGCGAGGAAAAUAACUGAAUCAGUGUAAACAAAAUGAAAUGAAACCAUUUCCUUCUUCAGUUCCUGUUUGCACUUUACAACUUAAAAGCAUGCUUCAACAAGGUUUUUUUUUUUUUUUUUUUACAUCUGUUAUUGUUAUUUUUUAAGACUAUGCCAAUUGUAUUGUGUAUUUAAAUCCAUACAUUUAUGUUUGUGUAUAUUUCCUAUUCUUUAGUUUCAAUUUCUGAACUUUCUCGGUGCAUUAAUAAAAUUGCAGAGACUUAUAUAUGUGACCAGUCAUCAACAUCCAGUUUUCCACAUAACUGUAACAUUGCAGUGUGUGAACAUUGACACCUUAAUCUCCCAGAAUGGAUACAUCUAUGAUGAUCAGAUUCAUUUGUUGAAGAUCAAAUCCCAAAGUAAAGGCAACCAACCCACAACCAAUGUUUAGUCUUUUUUAAACACCUCUACAGUUAUCUGGGCUAAAAAAAAAAAUGCAUUACCCACAAUGCAACAAUAUGACCAGUACAUAGGAUAAACUAUCAUUAAUAUAUUUGUAAAUUAUAGCAAAUUGACUCUCAUAGUAUUGUUAGAGUUGACGCCAUUUGCUCUGGUAGAUUAUGUUAAUCGAUUGGUAUUGCGAUUUAAAAGUAAUGUCUUUGUUCUUCUCUGAUUUGUUCAUCCUUAUGUGCUGUAAAUAACAUCAAAGAGUUUUAGUGACACUUUAUUUUACCUUUCCAUAACCUGAAACUUCUGUCCAAAUCUUAGUUGCUGUGAAGUCUCCAGGAAGUGCAUGUGAAGUAUAUUUUAAUACUAUGAAAAUAGUUUUUUUUAAUUACAUUUUUUGGUGGUCUUUUUUAGGGCUUUUUUUUCGAGACAGGACAGUGGAUAGAGUCAGAAAUAAGGGGAGAGUGGUGAAUGACACGUGGGAAAGGAUGGCAGCCACAGGUUGGAUUUGAAACGUCCAUGAACUUUCUUUGAACUUAAGAGAAAAUGAGGGAGAUGAAACCUAAAGCAUGACCCAUGUUUUAUGUGCUACCUUUACCCCUCAAAGACACUCCCUGUUGUGUUAGAGAUUAAAGAUGGAUUAAAGUGAGAAUGAUUUGCUUUAACCCGAUAUUUUUUGCUUCAGUGUUAAAACUGUAAAUGUUCUUUAUCACAAGUUGAAUGUGCAAUUAUAACUUUAAAGGGCUAAAAUGGCUUUCAAAUGAUAGUAACUAUGUGCAUAAAUAUAUCAUCCAUACCUCACUAAGAAACAUCUUGACAUAGUAAAGAGCCACGAUGUUCCAUGUUAAAGAACAAUAUGUUUAAGUAACAACAAGAGCAGCUCAACAAGAAACCAAAAUCUAUUUUUUAAAUGCUCUUUCUGCUACAGAACUACGGUAAGCUUUUGUUCCUAUGUUUGUCUGUUAACUUUACUAAAUAAAUUAUUACUAAUGA